UUGUGGAAAAAAAAAAAAAAAAAAAUGGGUUCCCAAACAGAGGUCCCUCAAAUUCCUGUUAUAGAUUUCUCUAGGGAAGACUUGAGUCCUGGUUCAUCUUCAUGGAUUUCCAUGUGCAACCAAGUCAGGUGUGCAUUAGAGGAACACGGUUGUUUUUUGGCAAAAUAUGAUCAACUUUCGCCUCAACUUUGCGCGAAAGUAUUGAGCCAAACCAAGGACAUGUUUGAGCUUCCCACAGAAGUCAAAUUGAGAAACACCGGGGAUAUACCGUUCCGUGGUUAUGGAAUUGAUAAGUUCCAAAAAAAGCCACUCCUUGAAAGCAUGGGAAUUGACAAUGCAAGAUUUAUAGAAGAGACUCAGAAGUUCGUGAAUCUCAUGUGGCCCGACGGAAAGGACAAUUUCUGCGAAGUUGUUAAUUCUUAUGCCAAGAUAUUAGGAGCUUUGAAUGAUAUGGUACUACAAAUGGUUUUUGAAAGCUAUGGAGCAGGGAAGCACUAUGCCUCUUUCGCUGCUUCUAACAGUGAAGUUAUUAGAUUCGCCAAAUAUAUACCUCAAGAAGACACCGAGGUGACGAAUACAAGACUUCAACCCCAUAAGGACCUCAGCUUUGCAACUAUAGUUCAUCAGAUCGAUGUUGGUGGUUUGGAGAUAGAAGCGAAGGAUGGCUCUUGGAUCGCUCUUCAACCUAAGCCUUCACACUUUUUGUUCAUGGCGUGCCAAGCCAUAGAAGGAUGGAGCAAUGACAGAAUUAAAGGUUGCAAGCAUAGAGUGACCAUAUCAGGAAAAGGGGGAAGACACUCACUGCAACUGUUUAAUUUCAACAAUGGGGUCAUACAAGUGCCAGAAGAAAUGGUGGAUGAUGACCACCCCUUGCUCUAUAACCCAUUCAAUCAUACUGAGUAUCUUCACCAUUUUAUUCGCACCGUCCAAAGUUCCAAAGACGCAUUGAGGCUGCAGUUUGAAGAUCCUUUGAAGGGCUUUUGUGGUGCCUGACCAUCUUAUAUCCAGGAAAUUAAAACUAAUAUAUAAAAUCAGUCUCUUAUCCGGCCAAUCUUAUGUUUUCAAAAUAAAAUGACUUUGUAAAAGUUAUAGGACUACCUUUAAAAAAAUAAAUAAAACAAAAAUAAGAGACUGAAUCUGCAGGGAAAAAAAAAUAUAUGUAUAUAUAUAUAUAUAUAUAAAGGUAUGGUGUGUGUUUAAAUAAUCUUUCUUAUUGUAGAAGAAAUGUUCAGUGGUCAGUAUUUUCUCUGUAUUAAGUCAGUUCAGUACUAUGUAUCAAGUCAAAGUUAAUUGUUUUGCUAGUCUUAUUAAUCUUGAGGAAUAUAUACAUAUAUUAUAUAUUCAUA